AUGUUGAUCGGGGACUGGGAGAGCCAGGUGAACGAAUGCGACGAUAUCGAAAUCACUCGCCGAUUGAUCGACCUUUUCUUCAUAUCGGUCCUUCUCGAUGCUGGUGAUACCUGGCGCUAUACUGAGCCUACGACGGGUCAGGUCUACGAACGUAGCGAGGGUAUCGCGGUUCUCGUGCUGAUCUUCUCAGAAGCCUGGGAGAGUCACUACUUGACAACGCGCACGUCUUCGGAACACAGGGACGCCCUGGAAGACUUGCCGGUAAACUUUCUCUCCAAGACGGCUGUUGAGUCGUCGCACCUCGAUACCCUGAAAUUUUGGGACUUGCUUCCAACGCUUCUCAUCCCAGUCUGGCCCAAAGGCCGAACCGUCGUCGAUGAUAUACCCAUUGGUGAUGCGUGGCCCCUGAGCGCUUUGAGAUACGGAUCGACUUCCCAAUACCUGGCCGACAGUGUCCAGCGAUUCCAUAAGCCCACUUAA